AUGCUGUUCUGGGCGACGGGUGGGCCGUCGUGGAAGCAGUCGUGGCCCAUCAGCGAUGUCGUCAGCGAUCCGUGCCGGGACAACUGGUAUGGCGUGCACUGCAACUGUCAAGGCCACAUCGUGCUUUUACGCCUCGCGAACAAUGGACUCACAGGCUACCUCCCGCCGGCCUUCGCGCGUCUCUCGGCCCUAGAAGAACUAGACGUGAGCUCGAAUGCGCUCACACAGAGCGUGCCGUCGACUCUUGGGCGCCUCAGCGCGCUGCGCGUGUUGCGAUUGGACCAGAACGCAUUGACGGGCCUCGUACCACCAAGCUUGAGCACACUCUCAUCGCUCGAAGUGCUACGCUUGGAAGGCAAUGCGUUUAGUGCCCCACUCCCCACUGCAAUCUACAACCUCCAGGUCCAAGGACAUGUGGCCGUCUCAUGGGACGCCGCACUGACACCGAUGGUCCUUGACGCGCAGUAAAUCCUGUAAACAAAUAAAGACACUAAACAUAUCGACGCGCCA